AUGUUGCCCAGCAUAAACUUGGAUGGCGCAGCUGCGAGGCGAGCGCAAAAGAAAUUGCAGAACAACCGGGUAGAAGAGGGCGUUCCAGGUGGCUUUUCGCCUCGGCCUUCCCAUUCGCGGAGUUGCAGCAUGACGGGCGUUGCACUGGAAGUGAACACGGGUGCCGUUGCGUUGCAUGGGCAGGCAGGCACGGCAGAUGCCCAGCUCGAAUGGAGGCCAGAGCGGCCUUCUGGAAUUGCCGCCGACAAAACUCAACCCGUGCCAAAAAAACAGGGCCCCUCGGUCGACGUCUUUUCGCGCAGCACUGCGUCGCCCUCCAUGCCAGCAGCGGGUGGAAAUCCAGUGGGUAGUGAGGACGUGCUGCGUCGUUCCUCGCCCAGGGCAACUUUGCUCAGUCACCAGCAAGUGCGCAAUUCAUUUGCGGCUUCGCUUCGGCAUGUGUAUGCCACAGCAAUCUUUGGUGAUGAAGGCAUGCGAAAAGCAAGUUCUAGGAGGCCUUGUAGAGACACUGAUGGUGCAGCUUCUUCGGAGAAGUUGGCGUUGCAUGGGGUAUAUGUGUCUGGAAAGCCAUGGCAACGUGUUGCCGAUGGUCGCCCCACGUACUGCCGAAGUGGCGCCUUGAACGUAUCGGCUCUUGCGACAAGCAGUUCUGGGGAGCACGUUGCCAUUGGUGACCGUUCUGGUCGUGUUUUCUUGAUGCACCGCAUAAAACAGCAGCAGCUAGAGAGCAACAGCAGCGACGGUGAUGGAAGCAAUGGAGAGGGGCGUAAAUACGCAGGUAGAUAUGCUUCACGAGUACAGCGGCCCUAUGCGUUUGCGGUGGGGCGACAGGCGUACACCUCAGUCAUAGACCCACUGAACAGUGUGGAGGUGAUCCCAUGCGUUCAGGCCCUCUGUUUCUUACCUCAAGUGGGGCCUACCACCUACCUGCUCAUGGCAAACGAGAAACUGCCAAAGUUGUUCAAGUUGGUUGAGGUGCGGGAGUCUCCUUCGCCUUUUGCGGCGGUGGAUCACCUUGGCGAGAAAAAUGUUGCCUCACUCACGUUGAAUCCACUCAGUGGUACGCGGACGACCGCGAUGAAGCAGGUGACUCGGUACGCCUUGAAUCACGAGUACAACAUUAACUCGCUCUGUCCACUGGCGGAUAGUGCGCAGUUUUACUCUGCGGAUGACCUCACGGUGAAGCUGUGGUGCAUCGAGCACCCGGAGACGUCUAUUGAAACCUAUGGACUUAAAUCCCCCUUUGAGGAGGAGGUUACUGAGACUAUAUUUGGCAUUCGGUGCUUUCCUCACGAGCCAUUUUUGCUGUUUCUUGUGACAACUGCCGGUAUCGUUCGCGUGCUUGACAUUCGCCAGCGACUCAAGUCAUUUCAGCAAACGCCGUUGGUGUUUAAAAACACGUACUGUGACGGAGAUACUGUUUUCACCAACUCACUUACCGACUGUGCACUGAGCCCGUGCGGGAGAUUUGUGAUUGGACGUGAUGUCGUGAGUGCGUGCCUGUGGGACGUCCGUCGCGAUUCCAGGCAGGACCGAGCUGCGCAGACGCCAUCUCUGCCACUGCAUGAAGAAGACGAGUACGAUGUGCUGCAGCGGUGGGAACUGUACCCACAUCUCCGGCAGGAGCUGGAACAAAUAUUUCAGGGAGAUGUUGUCGAACAGUUUGGUGUGCGUUUUUUGAACGGUCACGAAGUGUGCACUGGUGGUUUUUCCAGAACUUUGUAUACACUUGAUAUUUUGAAGGAUGCGGCCCCUCCCAGCGAUGGAAGCAGCUCCACUACGCGCUGCUGCGACGUACAGGCAUUUCAGUUGCCGCAAGUGUUCGAAGGCGACGGCGAUGCAAGAUUGGGUCCCCUGUGCUCGCUUGCGAUGGAAGACGUGCGUUUUCCAGCCAUCGAUGACGCGGACGCGCUGUUUAACGACACUGUGACCCAGCUUUCACAGCCUCUGACGUCUAUGAAUGGAGAUUCUUCUUUAUUGGCGUCCUCUGGUCAGGCUAUUUUCCAGCUAGCAUACACAAACCUGCGUCGUUGA